CAAAAGAUCAGGUUGUUGGGUAUGUAAGUUGGUUGGAAGUAGAACGCGGCCUUGUGGAGGGGCCAUGCCAGAUGCUUCCCCUUGAGCUUUUCAUUUCGCCUUGAAAUAUACUUUCUGUUCGUUGAUUUUCUUAUAAAUUUAGUUGUACCUGUCAAUUUUUUGGUUCAACAGAAAUGGGUGGUGGGUCUGGGCUGUGGUGGGUUGGAAGGGUGCUUGUUCUCGUCCAAUUGGUUACUGGAAUUCUGGGCUGGGGAAAGGAAGGUCACUAUGCGGUUUGCAAGAUAGCAGAGGAGUAUUUAACUGAAGAUGCAGUAGCUGCAGUCAAGGAAUUGCUUCCGGAUUCUGCUGAAGGUGACCUUGCAGCUGUUUGCUCCUGGCCUGAUGAGAUCCGGUUCCACUAUCGCUGGAGUAGUGCUUUGCACUAUAUUGAUACACCAGAUUUCAAGUGUAAUUAUCAAUAUUGUAGGGAUUGUCACGACUCUGCUGGUCUAAAAGACAGAUGUGUAACUGGAGCAAUUCUCAACUACACAAACCAACUUACAUCAGUAUAUCAGAAUUCCAAUUCAGUGUUCCAGUACAAUUUAACAGAGGCGCUCAUGUUUUUAGCCCAUUUUAUUGGAGAUGUCCAUCAGCCCCUGCAUGUUGGUUUCACUGGAGAUUUGGGUGGAAAUACAAUAAUGGUCCAUUGGUACCGUAGGAAGACAAAUCUACACCAUAUAUGGGAUGACAUGAUUAUUGAUUCAGCUGUGAAGACAUUCUAUGGUUCAGAUCUUGCAAACAUGAUACAAGCCAUUCAGAAUAAUAUAACAGAUGAUUGGUCCAAUCAACUGCCACUAUGGGAAUAUUGUCAAAACAACCGCACAGUUUGUCCAGACCCAUGUAUAUAUAGAGUGAGAGAGAGAUGGAGGCUCUCACAGAGUCAUUCUUGUUUGUUGUGCAGAUAUGCUUCUGAAAGCGUUAGUUUGGCAUGCAAGUUUGCAUACAAGAAUGCCACACCUGGAAGCACUUUGGGAGAUGAUUACUUUCUUUCUCGGUUGCCUAUUGUGGAAAAAAGGCUUGCUCAAGGUGGCAUUCGAUUAGCUGCCACCCUCAACCGCAUUUUUGCUUCUCAAGGCAAGAGAGCUAAAGCAUGAGGAUAGAAGAGUUGGAGAAGUAUCUUCAAUGGAUAAAAUAGAGACGGGACAAAACAGACCAUUUAAUAUACAGCACAACCUUCCCCUUCACAACGCCUCAUGAACCAACCUGAUUUAUUAUCUCUUUCCCGUUUGCCAAUUCUCUGAAGCUUUCUGUAACAUGAACUGUUGACAUCAUCCCAUCAUGUUGCUGGGAUGCCUUUAUAUUCCAGAAUAUGCCUUGUUGCUAGCAAAUUAUCCAUGGAGAAAAUUUAUUUAGACCCGA